GAACGGCACGACUCUCAAUGCGAGCGAGCUCAGUGUUCGCGCAGACGUCGUCGGGGCCAGUCGUCCUCCCCGCUUCUCUGCCUACGUGUGCAUACGCGCGAGGUUGUGCGUGAUAAAUUUGUGAGCAAGGUGAAAGAUCCAGUUACGUAGGAAAGAUAUCGUGAGUCAAACCCAAGUUUAAAUGGGGCGCUUGAGUGGUCGAGCAACAGUCGAGGUGUUUGAGGAUGGUACAGUGGAUCGGACCUGAUCGAUUCUAACAAGGGGAGUUCACACCCGUCGAGUCACCGAUUUUGCUGAGCUCUCGCAGAUUGACGAAACCCGACAAAUCAUUUGGGUCCUGGGUCGACAAGCUGAUCGUCAUCAGAGCAGACUUCGUCACUAAUUUGUCACCUCGUCACGCGUACACGUUCUUUUUUUUACCGCGGAAAUAAAACAAACAGGACUGCAGACACAUUUUUUACUAGCGGAGAAAAAUAAAAGAGUCAGGAAAUUAUAAUUACCUCUAAAGUUGAAUCAUUGAAAAUCAUUAAGGUAGAUUCACAUCCUGAUAACUGCAAGCAGAUACUCGAGGAUAAAUCUCAAGAAACGACAGAUGUUCACGACUGACACCUUAUUCUACUUUCGAAAGGGUUUCACUGGGAAUUCGCAAAAGAUUGGCAUCGAUCGAUCCGUGGGAAGUGACGAUAUUUGCAAACGGCUGAGACAACGAUAUAUGCGAAGUGUUAAUUUUAAUCUGAUUACGAUCGUGUAAGAAGAUCGCGAAUUGUACUGGGUGGCUAACAAUCUACGCGCGUUAAGAGAAGGAUCUUCGUAUUGAUGAUAAGUUGUGACAAUCGAAGAAAGGACACUGACACCGUGGACUGUUAAGGUCGUGAAAGAAUCUUCUGUCUUCGCGUUCGCGUAAAAGGGGCAAAUGUUAAACGCCGAAAGUGUCUAAGUGUUGCAUAAUCUUUGCAAACGCAGUAAAUUAAUCAAUCGCUUUUAACCGUGGAAGUUCGUGACGAGUUAAUGCCGCGUGUAAUGACCGAUGGAUUCAUCGAAAGUCAGAUCGAACCCGAAUCCGCGGGAAAAGGCGAACAUCGUGUCGGUGUUGUUCUGGUGGUGGACAAUUAGUAUAUUCAAGACUGGAUACAAAAAAGAUUUAGAAGUAGACGACUUGUACGACCCCUUGAAAGUCGACCGAGCGAAGCUACUCGGAGAUCGGUUAGAAAAACGAUGGAACAUCGAGCUGGAAAACUCGAAAAAAUGGAAACGCAGUCCGAGUUUGUUGAGGGCUAUUUUCCGCACGUUCCUAUGGGAAUACUCCAUGCUGGGAAUAUUACAGAUUUUAAACGAAUUAGUGUUAAGAUUAAGCACGCCUUUGCUGCUGGGUGGUCUCCUUCGUUACUUUCAGAAGGAUUCGGGAGAAUUCUUCGAGACUGCCCUAUGCUUUGCCGUUGGGAUCAGCCUAACUACCGCCAUGUACGUGAUAAGCGGCAAUCAAGCGAUCUUCGGCGCUUACCACGUGGGCAGCAAAAUUCGCGUGGCCGUCUGCUCCGUGAUAUAUAGAAAGGCUCUGCGUUUGAGCGAAACCGCACUGGGCGAGACGGCACCCGGAAAAGUGGUUAAUCUGAUAGGCAACGAUGUCAAUAGGUUCGAUUACGUCAGUAUCCUUAUUCAUUACAUGUGGUCGGCGCCGCUCUCCGCCCUGAUCGUGGCUUAUAUUCUUUAUCGGGAGGUCAGCUAUGCCGGUCUCUACGGCAUCGCCGCACUCUUCCUGGUCGUGCCGAUUCAAUCUUAUACCGGCAAGCUGUCGUCCAAGUUCCGUCUUCAAACCGCCAUUAAGACGGACGAGCGGGUCCGGCUGAUGGAUGAAAUCACUUCCGGGGUGCAGGUGAUCAAGAUGUACGCGUGGGAGAAGCCGUUCUGCGCCAUGAUCGAGCUGGCGCGUAAGCUCGAGCUACGAGUGGUCACCAAGAGCUCGUACAUCCGCGGUAUUUAUAUGACCUUCAAUCUGUUCACCACUCGGAUGGCGCUGUUCUGCACCCUCAUCGUCAUGCUGAUGUCCGGCGACGAUUUGACCGCCGCCAAGGUCUUCGUCGUCACGUCCUACUUCAACGUUCUCGCGCACACCAUGACCGGCAUGUUCGUGCGCGGCUUCGCCGAGCUGGCCGAGUGUAUGGUGGCCGUACGCCGGCUCCAGACUUUCCUCGUGUACGACGAGUUCCAAGGUAGCAACGUUAUUUUCUCCAAGACGGUGUCUGGCGACGUCAAUUCGGAUUUCAAACGCGCCUCCCAACAGGAUCUGCCCUACAUUGAUGACGACGUCGUUGAGAAUCAGCUGGAGUCACACGGAGAAGACAGCGAGCGUAGAAAACACAACAGUCUGAUGGUCGUCGAGAGCGAGAACUUAUUGAAGAAAAACGCUAACGUUGGAGAAAAGAAACAAUCUAUGCACGAUACGAACGCCUGGGCCAUCAACAUGGUUAACGUUACUGCCAAGUGGGAGGAAAGACAAUCGGAGAACACCCUGGAGAAUUUGAAUCUAGAAGUAGAAAAGGGCAAGCUGUACGCCGUGAUCGGCAUGGUGGGUAGUGGUAAGAGUUCUUUCCUGUCCGCGAUUCUGGGCGAGAUCAACCUGACGGGAGGUCAAGUAAAGGUGAACGGCGACAUCAGCUACGCCAGCCAGGAGGCCUGGGUCUUCGGUGCUACCGUCCGACAGAACAUACUCUUCGGGCAAACUUACGAACGCCAACGGUACCAGAAGGUGGUCAAGGCUUGCGCCCUGGUACGGGACUUCGAGCAAUUUCCGCAGGGCGACCUGACCGUCGUGGGUGAACGGGGCAGCUCAUUAUCUGGCGGUCAGAAGGCAAGGAUCAACUUGGCCAGAGCUCUAUACAGGCAGUCGGACAUCUAUUUGCUGGACGAUCCUUUGAGCGCGGUCGACGCACACGUCAGCAAGCACCUGUUUCAAGAAUGUAUUCAAAGAUACCUGGCCGGUAAAACGAGAAUUUUAGCGACGCAUCAGCUGCAGUAUAUAAGAGGAGUAGACGCUAUUAUACUGCUCGAGCAGGGAAAAAUACAGUACUUCUCACAUUAUCAGGAUUUAUUGGAAUAUCGACCCGAGUACGGAGUACUUCUGGUACCGGAGAAUGAAGAGGUCGACGACUCGACCUUGGAAAAGAGUAUAAACUUACGACGACAGUUUUCCUCCACAAGUAACAGAAGUCGAACUCCGGAACCCAGUAGCGGCACAGACGAUGAAGAGGAAGCCGAAGAUCCCAAGGAGUUAAACGACGGUCUUGAGAAGACGUCGCGUGGCAUAAUUAAGGGUCCUUUAAUUAUUAAGUUCUUCAAGAUUGGAGGCAAUUUAUACUUGGCUUUCCUGGUCCUCCUUCUGUUCAUCAUCACGCAAUUCAUCGUCAGUGUCAACGACCUCUUUGUGCCUUUCUUUGUCAAUUUUGUGGAAACACAAAACUAUGAGUCCAAGCAUCUCGACUUGAAUCAUCAAACGGAUGAAGCUUACACGAACAGGACGGAAGCACGUCAAUACCUUGCCAUCGAGGACGCAACGGUGAUUAAUUAUAUCUAUAUCUACACUGGUAUCGUGCUGGCAAUCUUCUUCUUCGCCAUCAUCAGAUCGCUGGUCCACUACAAGACGUGCAUAAGGUGCAGCCAGCGCCUGCACGAUAUGAUGUUCAGUGCGCUAAUUCGUACAGGAAUGCGAUUCUUCGACACUAAUCCGAGCGGCAGGAUCCUCAAUCGAUUCUCCAAAGACGUGGGCGCGACCGAUGAAGUGUUACCCAAGGCAAUUCUGGACGCCGGCCAGAUGAUCAUGGUGUUGUUUGGGUCAUUGAUAGUGGUCUGCGUGGUCAAUCCCAUCUUUGUGGCGCCUAUCGUAGUCGUCGGCGGAAUAUUCUAUUGGAUCCGUAAAGUCUACCUCAAGACUAGCAAAAACGUCAAACGAUUGGAGGGAAUAGCUCGCUCGCCGCUAUUCACGCACUUGAACGCCACGUUGAACGGUUUGACGACUAUCAGAGCGUACUGUGCUCAGGACGUACUCAAACACGAAUUCGACAAUCUGCAAGAUGUACACAUGUCUACCAUGUACACGUAUAUCGUGGGCAGCGCUGCAUUUGGAUUUUCCUUGGACAUGUGCUGUUUCAUCAUUACCACACUCCUCACCUUCAGCUUUUUGUUGUUCAGUCAAUCAUUUUCUGGUGGGGAGGUGGGUUUGGCCAUCACUCAGAUAAUGGCAAUGACCGGGGUAAUUCAGUGGGGGAUGCGACAAACUGCGGAGGUGGCAAACCAGAUGACGGCCGUGGAACGUGUGGUCGAAUACAUUCAGCUGCCGGCAGAAGCAAAUCUGAGAGAUCGGGGGCCAUACGUGAAGAAAAAAGACAAAAAUGCAGCACUGCCGCCCAACGCCCCCAAAAAUUGGCCCGAUCAAGGUUGCAUCACAUUCAGGAACGUUUAUAUGCGCUACUCGGACGAGGAUGCACCUGUUCUCAAGGGCUUGAAUAUGGUGAUCCGUCCUGGGGAAAAGAUUGGUAUCGUGGGAAGAACAGGAGCCGGGAAAACGUCGCUGAUAUCAGCGUUGUUCCGAUUGGCAAAAGUGGAGGGAAUCAUCGAGAUUGACGGCGUGGACACGGGUUCGAUAGCUUUGGAGGACUUACGACGCAAAAUAUCCAUCAUUCCCCAGGAUCCCGUUUUGUUCUCAGGUACUCUGAGGCAUAAUUUAGAUCCUUUCAACGAAUUUUCCGACACGGAUUUGUGGGGGGCGCUUGAAGAGGUUGAGCUGAAGGAGGCGGUCAUUACUCUCGGAAACGGUUUGGAAAGUCGUGUAUUUAACAGAGGCAGCAAUUACAGCGUUGGACAGAGACAGUUGGUGUGUUUAGCGAGAGCCAUCCUGAGAAACAACCGCAUAUUGAUGCUGGACGAGGCGACCGCGAACGUAGAUCCGCAUACCGACGCGUUGAUUCAACGGACUAUCAGGAAGAAAUUCGCAACGUGCACGAUGCUCACAGUGGCGCAUCGACUGAACACCAUAAUGGACAGCGAUAAGGUUCUGGUGAUGGAUAAGGGUCGUAUGGCUGAAUACGAUCAUCCUCAUGUAUUACUGAAAAACAGCUAUAGUCAAUUUACUUCGUUAGUAAAAGAGACUGGACCAGGUAUGUACGAUCAACUGGUCAACGUGGCGAGGCAGGCCUACUUCAACAAGUACGGAGAAACGUAACGAUGCAAAGAUGAAUUUUAUACCGUUGUCUUAGAUAGGUUUCUCGAAAUGAAAGUGGAUCGUUUAAAUAUGUUCAGUAUACUUAUGAUAUAUUAUAGAAAAAGAUAUAUGGGACGUGCAUAAUGGCAUAUGUGGAUGAAUGUUACCUUUCUAAGAUCAAUCUAAGAUCAACACCAUAUUGUCUUUCUUCGAAGUGUGGCGGACACGUAAUUCCGUCAAAUGUCAUAACGUUGUGAUGUGAAACGUAAGACGCGUCUAAGGAAUCAUAUUUUUGUAUCAUUUUUAACGAGAUCGUCGCUGCGAGAUUAUUUUCUAUGACCUCCCCAUAAUAUAUGGUAUAUGUAGUACAAAGUUUCUGUCACGAGUUGAGCUCGGCGAUACUGCUAUUUUUUCUAUUUUAUAUUUGGCCUAUUACAAAAAUUACAAAUACCUAAUUCUUGUAAUAAAGAAUACGAUUGACGAUGAACCGAAUUAUUGAGAUAAAACGUGAUUUAUCCGAAAUCUGUAAUUAUUAUAUUAUAAAUUAAAGUUGCACCUGAGAUAAUAUUCACGCAUAGUAAACUUACUGAAAUCUCUACCGAUAUUGAAAGAGGAAUUUUAGAGAUUGAACAUAUAAUAUUUGUGGAGUAAAAUUUUUAAAAACUAAAUUGGAAUUAUAUAUAAAUCUUAAAAA